AUGAGUGGCCUCGCGACGAAACAGCAGUCGCACAAGAUCUUUGAGAAGCUCAAGUCGAAGCUGCCUAACAAGACCUGCUUUGACUGUGGGCAAAACAACCCCACCUGGACUUCUGUCCCCUUUGGCAUUUACCUGUGUCUCGACUGCUCUUCGAACCACCGCAAUCUCGGCGUCCACAUCUCUUUUGUCCGCUCUACAAACCUCGAUCAAUGGCAAUGGGAACAGCUGCGAAUGAUGAAGGUUGGCGGCAACGAGUCGGCUGCCAAGUUCUUCCGCGCCAACGGCGGCACUGCAGCCCUCAACAGCAAGGACCCUAAAACCAAAUACCAGUCCAAUGCCGCCACUAAAUACAAGGAUGAACUGAAGCGACGUGCCGCCAAGGAUGCGCAGGCGUACCCCGAGGAGGUUGUCAUUACGGAUGGUGCCGAUGAUGGCUCUGCGACACCGGCCGGCGAGCCAGACGACGACUUCUUCUCGUCGUGGGACAAGCCGGCCAUCAAGCGCCCUACGCCCCCAAUCUCGCGUACGGCCACACCGCCUGUUGUUGGCCGCACACCGUCUCCUUUCAUCAAUGCCGGCCAGGAUGGCUCACGAUCCGCGUCGCCCCUAGCUAAGGCUGAUGGCGCCGCUGACCCCCGGCCCGCUACUAGUCGCACGUCGUCUGCAGCUUUGAGAAAGACGACUACGACAGGCGCCGCCCGCAAGACGAACGUGCUUGGUGCGAAGAAGACGACGAAGCUUGGAGCCAAGAAGGUAACUGGCGACGUCAUUGACUUUGAUGAGGCGGAGAAGCUGGCCAAGGAGGAGGCCGAUCGAAUCGCCAAGCUGGGAUACGAUCCCGAUGCGGAGGCAGAGCAGGCUCCUGCCAACUCCGGCUCUGCUGCCACCAUUAUUUCGCCCACUCCCGUCAGCCCCGCGCAGGGCGGCUCAUCACAUACUCGGCAGAAGUCGAACGUCGAGGUGGAAGUCGCUCGACUCGGUUUUGGCCAGAUUGGCGGCGGCUCCAAGGCUGCAGCUGCCAAGGACACAAAGAAGAAUACUGGCGGUUUUGGCUCCGUCGGUCCCGUCAAAGCCUCUACUGAUGACUCUGACAACUACGCCCGUAGCAAAUUCGGCACGCAGAAGGGCAUCUCGUCGGACGAAUAUUUUGGCAAGGGAGCAUACGACCCCAACUCGCAAGCCGAGGCCAAGGGGCGCCUCCAAGGGUUCGAGGGCGCGACGUCCAUUUCCUCCAACGCCUACUUUGGUCGCCCCGAGGACGAGCCCGAGGACGAGUACGGGGAUCUGGAGUCGGCCGCCAAGGACUUUGUGCGCAAGUUCGGCAUCACGGCCAGCGACGACCUGGAGAACCUGGGCAACCUGGUUGGCGAGGGUGCCACCCGCCUACAAGGUGCCAUCCGUCAGUACCUUGGCAACUAA